AUGGCUCAAACAAACCCUAUGCCCAUGGGCCCUUGGAAGAUCACUGUGUACGAUCAGGAGUUCUUCCAGGGCAAACGUAUGGAGUUCACCGCUAGCUGUCAGAACAUCAUCGAGUGUGGGAUGGACAACAUCCGCUCCCUGAAGGUUGAGUGUGGCGCUUGGGUAGGCUUUGAACACUCCAGCUUCUGCGGCCAGCAGUUUGUCCUCGAGAAGGGAGACUACCCUCGCAUUGAGGCCUACAGUGGCAGCAACUCAUACCGCAUCGAGAGGCUGAUCUCUUUCAGGCCUAUCUGCAGUGCCAACCACAAAGAGUCUCGUAUGACCAUCUUUGAGAUGGAAAACAUGAUGGGGCGUCAGUUUGAACUGAGUGAUGACUACCCCUCUCUGCAGGCCAUGGGCUGGAUUACCAAGGAGGUCGGAUCCAUGCAUGUUCAGAGCGGAGCAUUUGUGUGCUACCAGUAUCCUGGGUACCGUGGCCAGCAGUACAUCCUGGAGAGUGACUGCCGUGGAGGAGAGUACAAGUGUUACCGUGAGCUUGGCUCCCACUCCCAGACUCCCCAGAUUCAGUCCAUCAGGAGGAUCCAGCACUAA